AUGAAAGGCCAACAUGUUCUCAUAACCGGUGCGGCUGGCGGUAUUGGUUUUUCUGUUGCACGUUUAUUUCUUGAGCAAGGUGCAAAUGUUUCUCUACAUUACAAUCGUACAUUUGAAACGCUAAAUUCUCUACUCAGCCAAUAUGCUGAUCAAUGUUGCGCUCUAUCGGUCAAUGCAACCGAUGAGCAAGCUGUAGCGAAAGGUAUUGAACAAAGUUGUACUCGAUUCGGUCUUAUUAAUGUUUGUAUUGUCAAUCAUGCGACGUAUGUUGAUGAUGAAAAGCCAAUAUGGGAAAUGUCACUUGAGCAAUGGCAAUGUACAUUGGAUGUUAAUUUAACAUCGUACUUCCUUUAUGCACGUGAAUGGUGUCGUCAAUUAAUACGUUUAAAACCAACGGGUGAUAUUAGUAAUUUAAAUGCUAAUUUAAUUUUCAUCGGUUCAACAGCAGGCAAAUUCGGCGAAGCAAAUCAUAUCGAUUAUGCCACAAGUAAAGGUGCAAUUCAAUCAGGUUUUAUCAAAUCUUUAAAAAAUGAAAUCGUUCAUAUUAUUCCUAAUGCGCGUUGUAAUGUAAUUGCACCGGGAUGGACACGUACACCGAUGGCUGUAACUGCAAUUGAAGAAGGAAAACAUUUAAAAGCAUUACGAACAACAUCAUUACGAAAAGUAGCUGAAACUGAAGAUGUUGCUCAAGCUUGUCUAUUCUUUGCAUCAAAUAAAACAGCUGGACAUCAGACAGGAAAUGUUUUAAUGAUACACGGUGGUAUGGAAGGACGCGUUUUAUGGUCAGAAAAGCUCGAAUAG